GCCGCCGCCGCCGCCGCCCCGGGGGCUUUAUGGCCGGCCGGCGCCCCCCCCGUGCCCGGCCCGGAGCCGGAGGAUUCGAACCCAGAGCCGGCGGCCCGGCCCGUCCUACAAGAUGUUGUGGCAUACGUCGAAGUGUGGUCUUCCAACAGAGCGGAAAACUAUUCUGAAACAUUUAUAAAUCAGCUUGUAAGAAUGGGCGCAAAAGUGUCAAAAACUUUUAACAAGCACAUUACUCAUGUAGUAUUCAAAGAAGGACGCCAGAGUACCUGGAAUAAGGCCCAGAAGGCGGGGGUGAAGCUCGUUUCCGUCCUCUGGGUUGAUAAGUGCAGGGAAGUUGGGGUACAUAUAGAUGAGUCAUUAUUUCCUGCAAUUAACACCAAUGAAGGCUUAUCAACACUAACUGAAAAAAAACAUAAAUGCAUGCAGCCCAAAGAUUUUGUCGCAAAAACCCCGGAAAAUGACAGGAGGCUACAAAAGAAAUUUGAGAAAAUGGCUAAAGAGUUGGACAGUCAAAAAGCAGCCAUUGAUGGUUCAUUGACUUACAGCCCCACAACUAAGAUUAAAAACGAGUGCCUUGAAAUGGAGAAAAGAAUAAAGGAAAUGAAAGCCAAAAGAGAAAAUCUCUCCUUUACUGAAGAGCCCGUUGUCGAUGAUUUGAACUCAAGUUUCUACGAUUUGCCGGGAAGUAUUAAAAGCGAACGACAGAAGAAAUCGUUCAGAGGCAGCCGUGAAGUUAAAAGUGAUGCUCAGAUCACUUCUUCCGAGUUGAACCCAGGGGAGGAGUCUGCAGCGGCAUCCAGUACCGAUCUAAGUUGGGUAACGCCAAAACGAGCGAAAGAGCAGAGAACAAAGGGAAAAGAGGGUGUGCAACACACUCUGGUAGUUGAACUGCAUAAUGUGGAAAGGGGGCGAUCGGAAGGAAUUUCUAAGGGAACGCUCGUCGACCGAGAUCCAUUAGGCCCAAGUGUAGCCACCCCAAAGAGCCAUCCUUUUCGGCGGGCGAAGGGUCCCAUCCCCAAAAAUUUGACAAAUAAAAUGAAUCACUGUUCGGCUCACUUAAACGCAUCCACUUCUUCCGAUGAACUUGAUGCAGAAGAAAGAUCAAGGGGGAAAUGGCCUUCUAUGAAUCUGACCGCAGCCAUCCUGCAUCAGGGGGCACCUGAAGUCCCAUCCCAAUCGAAGAGUAAAUCCAGGAGUGAGACAUCCAACAGUGAGGACGCGUCAUACGAUGACUAUUUCUCACCUGCCAACCUAAAUGAAAGGACAGCACUCAUUUCCAGGGUUUUUGCGUCUGGGCUUCAGCAGACAUCACCAAGUCCACCUCAUUUAAGUCAAAGAGUAAGUCUUUUCAAGGGCAAGAGGAAGAGCCUCUUAGGUAAGGCCGAUGCCACCCCGGUAUGUAAAAAGAAGACUAGAUCAGUCCAAGGGAGUGACGGUCCUGCAGAGGAGUGCAACGCCGAGCUUCAUCAACCUGGAAAAUGGAAAGGAAUUUUAGUUGCGAAGCCUACGUCAGAGAGGGGAAUACCCACGGCGGUAGAAACUCCACAAUGUUCCAGCACAUCUGACCCUGAGAAAAUCAAGAGCGAGACAGACUCAGGCACUAGAAGUAAAAAUAGCUGCCUUCAUCCUGGGGAAUUGAUGUUUAGGAGUGGCUCCUUGGACGGAGGCCCUGAUGCCUUCCCUACUGUGGAACGAUGCAUUGCCGGAAACCCCCAUCCUGUUGAAAAGGCCUCGGUUUUUGCCGAAACAAAGGAAAAAGAAGAAAAUACUAAUUCUGAGACUUUAAGCACUCGGAGAGGUGAAACGCCAACUGCCACGGUGACUGAAGAACAUGAACUCUCUUUCAAAGAUGGCUCUGAUGUGGAGGAAUCCACAGAAGAAAAGGAAAGCCUAUCCAGAACAUGUGUUCAAAUUUUAGGUGUUAAAAAUGGAAAGGAAAGGCGUGAUGGAGAUGGCGUACAAGAAAACUUCGAGGACCAAAGGAUCAAACCCCAUUGGAAAUCAAAGAAAACAGAGAAAGUCAAAAAGCCAACAAGAACAUUAGUCAUGACAAGCAUGCCCUCUGAGAAGCAGAAUGUCAUCCUUCAGGUGGUGAAGACCCUAAAGGGCUUUUCAUGUCUGCACACUGUAUGCGAGACCACGACCCACGUGGUGGUAGGAGCUCCUCGGCGCACUCUGAACGUCUUGCUGGGAAUUGCCCGCGGUUGCUGGAUCGUGUCUUAUGAGUGGGUACUUUGGUCUUUGGAGUUUGGCUGUUGGAUUUCCGAGGAGCCAUAUGAACUUUCUAAUGACUUUCCCGCAGCUCCCAUCUGCCGUCUGGAACGCCACUUGGCAGGAGGAGAUUACCACCAAAGCCUUUUUUCAAGUCACCCAGUAAUGUAUAUCACUACAACCAGUGACCCACCUUGGCAUAAGCUGGUAGAACUGGUGGAACUGUGUGGAGGGAGAGUGACCAAGAUUCUCCGCCAAGCAAGCCUCUGUAUCGGAAGCUACAAAGGAAAGAAGCAACCUCAAAUCAAGUAUUUGUCUGAAAAAUGGAUCUUAGGAUUGACUGAGGGCCACCAUUUCAGUGUGCAGCUUGUCAAGGGCAGAUUGUACCAAGCAAGAGCAUCAGAGGAGAAAUCAGGUGGAGAGAAAAUGAUACUGACGGUGAUGAUGAUGGGAAAAUUCAGUGGAACAGCAAAGGAAAUUAAACUUCAACUUAUUUAAAUAACGAAGUCAUUCAGUCGUCCUAUUUUUUUGUAGCA